AUGUUAGCUUCUUUCAAAUCAAUCUUUAAGUGGAAUAUAAUAAAAAGUAACGAAAGCAAUAACGAAUCACCAUCAUUAAUACUCUUAAUUUGCGUACAUUUUUUUGAAGAUGUAUUAUUUUGGAAAAAAAUAUGGCUAUCGCUUUUGUGUUUUUUUCUAUUUAAUAUAUUAUUUUUUUCCUGUGUAUAUCGACAGUUAAAUUUGCUUCAAUUUAUUUUUGGAUUCGCAAUUUUUACAAUCAGUUUGGAUGCAUUUGAAACGUGGUUGAAGUUUAAACAUCGCACUACAUGUCUGAAACGAUUAGCAUCUCAUGAAGAUGAUAAAUUGGUGCCUCUCAUCUCAAAAAUUAUUAAACUGGUACAAUCGAAAUUUGCAGAGUUUAUUUAUUUACGCGAUAAAAAUCAUACCAAGGCUUUUGUGAUCCUCCAAUUAAUAUUAAGCAUUGUUUUUAUCAUCGGAAGGUAUAGCAGUGGUUACACUAUAAUAUAUUUGUUAAGCACCCUUGUUUUUUUUGCACGUAAAAUUCUACCACCUAUAGUGAGGGUUUAUAAAAAAAUACAGCAUUGUGCAGAAUCUGAUUUUGAAUUGGAGGGUCUUGUACCAGAAGAAUCUGAUGCUAACUUAGAUCUGCUCUCUAUUGAACCAGACAGAAAAUUAUUAAUGGACGAAAAACAAAGCCUAGACUAUUGGAAACCAGAAGACCUGCCCAUAGAAGAAGGCAGUGAUAGUGAUAAUAGCAGUUCUGUUAUAACAAAUUUAUCCAUUGAAAAAAUGCAAACUCUUGUAAAGGAUGUCGAAAAUACUGACUCCAGUGAAGAUGAAUAUAUACCACAAGAACAUCAAUCAGAACACUAUCAAUCUUCUUUAGAAGUACAACCCAUUGAUACAUGGAGUAGUGCAGCCUAUAAUGCUUUGUCAAAUCUUGGCGGAGCAGUUUCAAAUUUAGUCUACAGCUCUCAAGAUACUAAUAGAAGGAAGAGAGUUUCUAGUUUUGAUUCAUCAGAUGGCUUUGAAAUGAUAGAUAAAAAUGAUUUGUAG